UUUCCACAUGGCGACGCGCGCUUUCUUGGUAUAGUGAUAUCGAAUACAGACGCUACGAGGAAUGGAACCACGACCUUCGGUGCAGCUUUUCCUUCAAUUGGUUGUCGCCGUGCGGUAAGAGAACAAAAGUCAAACCCAGGGGUCUAACCGAAGCACUUGCCGAAGCUACAGCCCGUCAAGAUGAACUGUCAUCUGUGUUUUUUGGCGAUCAUCACCACUUUCAGCGCCAGACUCUGGAAUCCUUCUGUGGCUUACAGUGGUGAAUCUUAUGUAGAAGUGGUCGACGGCAAAUGUGUCUUUCAGAAUCGGACCCUAAAUCACCACGAAAAUAUUCAGUUUGAAACCCCGUGCCAAGCUUGGUUCUGCAAUACUGAGGCACACAAAGUGUACAUCGGAGGGUGUACACCCAAUCCUCGGAUAGAAGGUUGCACGGAAGUCACAGGAAACGGAACAUAUCCGGACUGCUGCCCACGACUGGUUUGCGAUGGCCCUGGAUUCAAUUAAGAAGAACUAAUAGAUACCCAUCGUGUGACAACCGGAAGCAAUAAAGGAUGUUCAGUGCACCAACGU